AUGAGCUGGAAAUCAAUUGUCAGCAAGUUACAAGAAAUAACUGCGAUUAUUUCACUUGUAGCGAAUACCAUACUCAUCUUACUAGUUCUCACAAAAUCACCAAAACAAAUCGGAUCGUAUAAAUAUUUGAUGAUCUAUAUUUCGAUUUUCGAAAUGAGUUAUUCAUUUAUCGAUGUUAUCAUUGAGCCAAUCAUGAUUUCUCAAGGUUCAAUUUACCUUUGCCUCGUCAACAUAAAUAAAUCAGCAUUCUCAUAUCAAACUAAUGUGAUUCUACUUUCUGUUUGGGCAGCAUUUUUUGGCAGUUUCAUGGGUUUAUUUGUUCUUCAAUUCCUUUAUCGAUAUUGCGUUGCAUCCGGGUUUGAAACAUCUUUCUAA